CUCUGCCGUGCCGUGUGGAGUCCCCACCACUCAAGCUCGGGACGGCCUACUCCACCAAAAGCCAAGGGCCCCAAAAAGGCCAAGCACAAAAAGCGAGAGGGCAAAGCAAGCUUCACCUCCAGCAGCAGGUGGUGAGCUGCUUCUCCUCGCCCCAAGCUCCUCUCCUCCCAGUCCCAGAUCCCGCGCACCCAGCGCCAGAUCAGAGAUCAGGGCGCGCCGGCGGUCUCCAUUGCCCGCGGAUCCUGCGAUGCGAGCUGGGCCGAGAGGGAGGAGCGAGGGAGCGCGCGGGUAGCUAGUGAAGGCGGGGCGGCCGGGCGGGGGAAGGAAGGAAGGAGCAGCGCCGGCCGGAGCCCGGAGGCCGGAGCAGACGUCCGUCCCCCCACCCCCGGCGGAUGAGGCCGACGAUGAAGGCGCAGCACGGCAACGGGCGCGGGAGCAGGAGCCCCUUCCUGACGUCCUACGCGCUCACGCUCGCCUUCAUCACCUUCGUCUCCGUGCUCUACUUCAAGGACUUCUCCUCCACGCUGCACCGCCCCUUCCUCAACCGCCCGCCGCCGCACCCGCACCCGUACCCGCACCGCCGCCCGUCGCUCCGCCCCCGCCACCCCGCCUCCUCGGACUCAGACGCAGUAAGCCAGGCCGGGCGCCGCGCGGCGGCAGAGCAGCUGCCGUUCGCGGUGGGCGCGGCGCCGGCGGGUUGCGACGUCGCGCAAGGGGAGUGGGUGUACGACGAGGCGGCGCGGCCGUGGUACCAGGAGGAGGAGUGCCCCUACAUCCAGCCGCAGCUCACGUGCCAGGCCCACGGCCGCCCCGACCGGGCGUACCAGCACUGGCGGUGGCAGCCGCGCGGGUGCUCGCUGCCCAGCUUCAAUGCAACUCUAAUGCUAGAGAUGUUGCGGGGUAAACGAAUGCUGUUUGUUGGAGAUUCUCUGAACCGCGGGCAAUAUGUAUCAUUGGUUUGCCUCCUGCAUCGGAUCAUCCCUGAGAGCUCCAAGUCAAUGGAGACAUUUGAUUCCCUUACAGUUUUCAAAGCAAAGGACUAUAAUGCCACCAUUGAGUUUUACUGGGCUCCCUUUCUGGCUGAGUCAAAUUCUGAUGAUGCUGUUGUGCACCGUAUUGCGGAUCGAAUUGUAAGGGGAACAUCCAUUGAGAAACAUGCCAAAUUUUGGAAGGGGUCUGACAUCUUAGUAUUCAAUACCUACCUUUGGUGGAUGACCGGACAAAAGAUGAAAAUUUUGCAAAACUCUUUUGAAGAUAAAAACAAGGACAUCAUAGAAAUGGAAACAGAGGAAGCCUAUGGAAUGGUACUGAAUGCUGUGCUGAAAUGGGUUGAGAGCAACAUGAAUCCCAAAACUUCAAGAGUAUUUUUUGUCACUAUGUCACCCACUCAUACAAGGAGCAAAGAUUGGGGUGAUGAUACUGAUGGGAACUGCUACAACCAGACAACUCCUAUCAAGGAUUUUUCUUACUGGGGACCAGGCACCAGCAAGGGCCUGAUGCGAGUCAUUGGGGAAGUGUUCGGCGUGUCCAAGACCAAGAUCCCCGUGGGGGUUGUGAACAUCACCCAGCUCUCUGAAUACAGGAAGGACGCGCAUACUCAGAUUUACAAGAAGCAGUGGAACCCGCUAACCCCGGAGCAGAUCGCGAACCCUAAGAGCUAUGCGGACUGCACGCAUUGGUGCCUCCCAGGGCUCCAGGACACAUGGAACGAGCUGCUCUACUCAAAGCUCUUUUUCCCCUGAGCUAAGGUUGAUUGGAGGGUUCGAUAACGCCUUGUCUCAUAUUCCCUUUUGAUGGAGUGCAAGUUGCACGGUGAAGUUGGGACUGGGAGCAUAGCAUAGCAUAGCAUUUGGGAGGCUGGUACGCUGGAGAAUUGUUAGCUUGACACAUCAUAUAGGUCCGACAUUUUGAAGAAGGCACACGGUACACGGGAGAUGGAAGCUCUGCUGUAGUAGUUGAUUUGAUAUAUAUGAGGCCGGCUGUCUAUACUUUGUUGGCAAAGCUUCCACGUGGCAUGGUAUUGUUGAUGUACGAUUCAUUUAUUGAACUUGAACAUGAGGCUUGGAAUUGCACCAGGUGAUCUUUUGUGCCUGAUGUCGUGCGAGUUAUUUUCCCAGAACGAACUCUGUUUCAUGAUGAUGAUGUAGUAUAUACCGUAAUUCUCUGA